AUGGCCAUGAAUUUCGUGACAUUUAACCAGGACUAUAGCUAUCUGGCUGUGGCAACAUCCAAGGGAUUUCAGAUCUUCACAACUGAACCCUUUGCCAAGAGCUAUGAAGCCAAAGAGGGGAAUAUCGCUGUCAUUGAGAUGCUAUUCUCAACCUCACUUGUAGCCCUUAUCUUAUCGCCAAGACGCUUGCAGAUCCAAAACACCAAGCGACAAUGCACAAUAUGCGAAUUAACAUUUCCAACUACUGUUCUCGCAGUGAAGCUGAACCGCAAGCGACUUGUUAUUGUCCUUGAGGAUCAGAUCUAUCUUUAUGAUAUCCAGACCAUGAAGCUUUUGUCCACUAUUGAUACCUCACCAAACCCCAACGCAAUAUGUGCUCUUGCCCCGUCUUCAGAGAAUUGUUACAUGGCAUAUCCUCUUCCACAAAAAGCCCCCGCAGCCGCAAAUACACCGGCGCAUGCGCCCCCUGGAACGACUCAUGUAUCUCCUACGACCGGGGAUGUUUUAAUCUUUGAUGCUGUAAAGCUAGAAGCUAUCAACGUCAUUGAAGCCCAUCGCUCUCCUCUGGCACUCAUUGCGCUGAAUAGCGAUGGGACUUUGCUUGCUACUGCCUCAGAUAAAGGAACCAUCAUUCGUAUUUUCUCAGUUCCAGAUGGCCACAAGCUGUACCAGUUCCGACGUGGUUCCAUGCCGUCACGAAUUUACAGCAUGUCUUUCAACACCGCAUCCACGCUCCUGUGCGUCUCUUCAUCCACCGACACCGUCCACAUCUUCAAGUUGGCCCAGCAAGGACCAUCGUCAGAUGGCUCUUCGUUGCAUUCUCCUCCAGGUCGGGAGCAUGGCUCUCCGCCAAAUACCUAUGGGUAUUCACCCGAGGAAGACGAGACGGGCGGCGAUGCUGGCUCAGAUUCUUCCUCGCGGAGGCACAACGGCACUUUGAUGGGGAUGCUUCGCCGGACCUCUCAAAACGUCGGCGGCGCAGUUGCUGCCAGAAUGGGCGGAUAUCUUCCAAAGGGAGUCAGUGAGAUGUGGGAGCCAGCGCGUGACUUUGCUUGGAUCAAAUUGCCGCGAUCGAACCCAGGCCCUGGUGGGAACUCAGGCCCCGGGCCAUUGAGGAGUGUGGUUGCCAUGAGUAGCAACACUCCCCAAGUCAUGGUUGUCACUAGUGAUGGCAACUUCUACGUUUUCAAUAUCGAUUUGUCGAAGGGUGGAGAAGGGACUUUGACGAAACAAUACUCGGUUGUUGAUUCGACCGAUAGGCUGGGUUACACAACGGAGUACUGA